AUGGAUGACUUAAGUUUUGAAAGGAAACGACGUUUACUGAGUUUACAAAUCGGCAAAAGCAUGCAUGAAGUCGUAAAUUUGAUGUCUGUUUUGAAUAAGAAUAUGGAAGGUAUUAAUGGGGUGGGAAAGGAAUUUGAGAACGUCGCCUCAUUAUGGAAAGGAUUCCAAGACUCUGUACUAGAAAAGAAGGACUCGGAUAUGCCGGACGCUACUUGA